GGGCGCCCCCCGCCGCGGCGCAGCUUCCCCGCUGCUAGGGCUCCCGCGGCGCUGCGGCUCAUGCCCCCGGGCACGGAGCGCGCAGGUGGGCCGGCCGCCGCUGGGAGAUAGGCCCCCGGGGACGACGGCGGCGGGACCAUGGCGCGGAGACCCGGGGCGCCGGCCGCCUACGGGGAGGAGUUCUCCUUCGUCAACCCGCUAGUGAAAUACCUGCUCUUCUUCUUCAACAUGCUCUUCUGGGUGAUUUCCAUGGUGAUGGUGGCUGUGGGAGUCUACGCUCGGCUGAUGAAGCACGCAGAAGCAGCCUUGGCCUGCCUGGCAGUGGAUCCUGCCAUCCUACUGAUCGUGGUGGGUGUGCUCAUGUUCCUGCUCACCUUCUGUGGCUGUAUUGGAUCCCUGCGUGAAAAUAUCUGCCUCCUGCAGACAUUCUCCCUAUGCCUCACCAUCGUGUUCCUGCUACAGCUGGCCGCUGGGAUCCUGGGAUUUGUCUUCUCAGACAAGGCUCGGGGGAAAGUGAGUGAGAUCAUCAACAAUGCCAUUGUGCACUACCGGGAUGACUUGGAUCUGCAGAACCUCAUUGAUUUUGGCCAGAAGAAGUUCAGCUGCUGUGGAGGGAUUUCUUACAAGGACUGGUCCCAGAACAUGUACUUCAACUGCUCAGAAGACAACCCCAGCCGUGAGCGCUGCUCUGUGCCUUACUCCUGUUGCGUGCCUACCCCCGACCAGGCAGUGAUCAACACUAUGUGUGGCCAAGGUAUGCAGGCCCUUGACUACUUGGAGGCUAGUAAAGUUAUCUACACCAAUGGCUGUAUUGACAAGUUGGUCAACUGGAUACACAGCAACCUAUUCUUACUUGGUGGUGUGGCUCUGGGCCUGGCCAUCCCCCAGUUGGUGGGAAUCCUUCUGUCCCAGAUCCUGGUGAAUCAGAUCAAAGAUCAGAUCAAGCUACAGCUGUACAACCAGCAGCACCGGGCUGACCCAUGGUACUGAGAAUCCAUCCUGUACCUCCUCACCAUGGCGACAGGCAAGCCUCAUCGACCAACAGCAGCGGGUGCUGAGAACAGCACCAAAUGGAGAUUUGGACUCCAGGCCCCCAGGGACAGCCCAGUGGAAAGAAGGAAACUCCAGAUGGGCAGAAGGCAGGGUGUACAGGUGGCUUAAGUCUCAGAAGGAUGUGCCUCCUCUCCCCCAUCCUAGCCCUCAGCAUUGUUUGAGGGUUAUUUUGUAUUGUUUCUAACCUUAAGCAUUUGGGUUUUUGUUUUCUUAAGUUUCAUUUGGGCAGAGGUAAACAUCAGUUUAUUAUCAGAGGAAACAGCAGUUGCACAGAGAAUUGUGGGGAUUCUAGCUGGUGCUUUUUCACCGAGGCACUACAACCAGCAGCUGUAUUAGGGCUGUUACUGAGCUUGGUGGACAUACUUAGACUGACUGUUGCCAGCAAGACCUGGCUGUAGAAAGUAGACACCAGCAGCCCUGCCUGGAGUCCAAUUGGCAUGAUACCAGCUCCAGAAGGGAAGGGAGUGGAGCAUGCAGGGGGGCAGUGAGCUUGGGGGUCGGCUGGGGACAGCUGUAUGUACUGGGUAGGAGUGGAAGGGGAUAUGUUUACCGAAUGCCUGCCCUCCCUCUUAGGUAGUCAGAGUGAGCUACAUCCUGCCCCUCCCUCAUUUCCAUGGAAACAUGGCAGCAAGGGCAAGGGGUACAACAGCAGCCAAAUUCACCCCCACCCCACCCUUUCGAAAGAAGUUUGGAACCAAGUUCUCUAUACUCUGCAGUCGGCAGAGGUGGGGCUGAGCAAUACAUGCCCUUGAAUUCCAACCCGUCCGGUCCUCCCUCUCCAGCAGGAGGGGUUUUCUUUAACUUGGCAGUGUGCAGAGGAGGAGUGGGAACACCCUCACCCUGAUACCCCUGCACCAGAGCUCAGUAUUUCUACAGCGCAAGAAGUGGGAAUCUUGCUGGGAGAGCCAGAAGUGGCAGUAAAAGUUUGUUGACCUGGGCUAACUAAGCUGGACUCCAUGAAUUUUCCAUUCUGGCAACUACAAGGGGAGGUGGGCCCUACCUCCAGGAGGGGACUGGACACUCCCCUAAACGCCACCGUACCUCCUUGACCCCACUGUACCUCCCUUCUCGACCUCCACCGAAGGUACUACCACCCUCCCAUAACCCCACCCUCUCAGGUCUAAAUUAGGUCGAAAGGUACCCACUUCCGAUCUGGGAGCUGAAUAAUUUCAUCCCCAAACCUGAUGUUAAUAUUGUUUUCGAAUUAAAGUGUAUUAAAAUUAA